AUGACGAAGACACUUCCUGCCACCGACGCUGUCAACGGACACGCUGCAUCCACCUCCGUCAAUCUGCUCUAUCUCCUUCGUACCGUUGAUAGCCUGAGCAUCACCUCAGACCUUGAAAGAGCCCAGCUCAUCUCGGCCACAAGGUCGUUCUUAGCACGCAUCCAAUCACCCUGGGAGACUAUUCGCAGUCACCUCGUCGACAGUCCAGCUGUGCAACUUUCCCUCAAAGUAUGCAUGGACCUUGGCCUGUUUCAGAAGUGGAAAGACGCAGGCAAUGGGGAGAAGACAGCUGCUGAACUGGCAGUCAUAGCCGGCUGUGACGAGGAACUCCUACAUCGCUUCUUGAGACACCUUGCGGUUGAACAUCUGUUGGCAGAGGUUACUUCUGGCACCUACGCCCAGACCGACUUCACAAUGGCUAUGUGUACUCCACACUUUGGUGCUUGGCCGUUGUAUAUGCACGAGACAGUCUUGGAUACCUGGAAAGCCAUGCCCGGAGUGCUGGCGGAGAGGGGCUACAAGGAUGAUGCACUGUCCGUGACAGAUGGUGCUUUCCAAGCCGCCCAUCAUACAGCUGGCCAAUCCAUCUUUGACUUCUUCGCCACAAAUCCGAGUCGAGCCAAGACCUUUAACAAUGCGAUGACUGGGUAUGGGGCUGAAAAAUGCAGUUGGCUCGACAUAUAUCCCACUGAUGAUUUACUUGAUGGCGCUAUCGAUGGUCCACUGCUAGUUGACGUGGGUGGAAAUAUUGGCCAUGACAUUGAAAAGUUCCGCAAGAGACACUUGAACACGGCCCCCAGGCUGGUACUCCAGGAUCUACCGGCCGUAGUGGAGACCGCCAUCUGUGCCGACGAUGUCCGGAUUAUGCCACACAACUUCUUUGAACCUCAGCCCAUUCUGCACGCUCGAGCCUACUAUUUGCACUCGGUCCUUCACGAUUGGCCAGAUGUCAAUGCGCUGCAUAUACUGAACAAUCUAAAACCAGCAAUGAAGAAGCAUUACAGCAAACUCUUGCUCAACGAGAUUGUUAUUCUGGACAAGAUAUCUGCCAGUUCACCUCAGGUGACUUCCUUCGAUUUGGCCAUGAUGGGCUUGUGUGCCGCUCAGGAGAGGACUGAGUCGAUGUGGAGGGCCUUGCUUGACCAGGCCGGUCUCAAGGUGAUCAAGAUCUGGACGAGUGAAAUUGCUGUGGAAAGCAUCAUCGAAGCGGAAAUUGCAUGA